CGCAAGUGUUGUAUUAGCAGUUCUAACAUACUGGCUCUUAGAUCUUUGUAACCACAGCAACAGCUUCCUCGGUUUCGCCGUUUCUAUAGAAACAUAACAACAAAGGGCUUUAACUCGGUUAGGGCUGGUUGGACCGUAGAGGAAACAUAAAGGAAAAGCAAUGUAUUGAAUGAAGAAAUGACGGUAAACGUAUAUGCAAUAAUAAGAGUUCAUAAUCGUAUCUGAAGCAAAGCUUUAGGUGCAUUACUGAAAUCUCAUAGAACCAUGCCUCAAAGUGUGGCAUCUUCGUCUACACGGAUGUCCAGCAACAGCGCUCACUCUCGACGCUACCGCAGGCGCGCCCUCACCUCUCAAGUGGAUGAGGCUCUUUUUGGAACACCCAAACAGUCACAGUGUGAAUUGGAAGACAAUACAGGCCACGUCCCGACAUCCAGAACACUGUCUCGCUCUGCUCCCAUCGGCAAAGCACAGAAAUCGGAGACAGUCCGCGUCAUUACUAAGGACCUGAUCAGAGACUUGAGAAUUCCAAGAAAGGAUCCAUCCGGACAGUCCGUCAUCCUCUGCCCAGAUGAAAUUGAGCGCAUCACGGCCGAGUCACGUGUAUUAACGAAAGCUGAGAAGGAAGCGGUACUGCAAAGCCAGCGCAUAUCUCGGGAGAAGGCCAUGGAUGCAGCAGAGGAGCGAAAGGCUCACAUGCGUCAGGUGGACCUGUCUCGGCAGAAGAACCAGGGUCUUAGCGAGCUGGAGGAGGAGGCCAGGGAGCGUGCUCAGUACCUGCUGGAGAGGGCUAAGGCCCUGAGGAUUGAGCAAGAGGAUGAAGUCAAGAAGCUCAACGAGCUGAUCCUGGGAGCUCAGUGCCAUGCAGUACGUGAUGCUCAGAUACUGGAGAAGAAGCAGAUUCAGUCUGAGCUGGAAGAAGAGGAGCGGAGGCUGGAUGCCUUCAUGGAGCUAGACCGCCGCAGAGCCCUGGAAGCUCAGGAGAAGAUUGACCAGCUGCGCAAAGAGCAGCGCAUGCAAGGGAAGAUGUGUAUCCUAAAGCAGAUUGAGGAACGCCUAGAAGAGCAGCUGCUUCAGGAGGAAAUGAAGGAACAGGAGGGGCAACAGAUGCUGGAGAACAUGGAGCGGAUGCAGAUGGAGGAGCUGGAGUCUAUGGAAAGAAAGAAAUCAGAGAAGAGCAAGCUACAACUGGAAAUUCAGAAGAUAAAUGAAGAUAGUCUGCUUGCUAAGGAGCACCGUAAGGAAGAAGAAAGAAUGGCAGACCGCCGAGCUCUGGACUACACACGCCAGAAACUGGAACGAGAGGCUGAGUAUGAGGAUGAGCAGAGAAGAAUAAAGAGAGAGAAGGAGAAAGAAGUGGCCAGACUCAGAACUCUUCAGGAAAGAGACAGAGACCAUAAAGCUGAGCAGGAUGAGCUCAGGGCUCGCAGGAACCAGGAAGCUGCAGAGAGGGAAUGGAGAAGAAAGGAGAAAGAGCAGAUCAAGAAGAAACUGGAGGAAGAGGAAAAGCUGAAAGUCGCUCGCUUACAGCAGGUUUCCUACAAAGAGCACAUGCUAUCUAUUGAGGCUAGCCGGGAGAGGGCGGAGUUCGACAGGGUCCUGAGAACACAGCAGGAGUUAAUUGCAUGGGAGAAGGAGCAAGAGGAGCGUCAACGCCAGCAGGCACUCUGCCACGGUGAGGGAGUUCGCCAGCAGGUUCGUGAGCGAGAGAUGCAGGCCAUUGUCCAGAGACGGGAGCGCUUCCAUGAGGCAGAGAGACUCAACGAAGGGGAGCGCGCUCGCAGAGCACGUCUGGAUGAGAUCAAAGAGAAGAAGAUAAAAGAGCUGAAGGUGGCUGGACUUCCUGAAAAAUAUUGCAAUGAAGUGGAACGGAAAAGUUACGUCUUACCCACAUUGGUACGCUAAAUAUUCUAUUCAUGUAUUUCCCCCCACAUAUACAUUUAAAAAAAACAAACAAACAUGAAGAAUGUCUUGUAUGUAAC